AUGUUCUCCUCUGAAGUCCAUCAGGUUAUCACCGUUGAUAGACUGACAUCUUGUAAGGCUCCGGUCAGACUCCGGUCAGAAUCCGGUCAGGCUCCGGUCAGAAUCCGGUCAGACUCCGGUCAGGCUCCGGUCAGACUCCGGUCAGGGUCCGGUCAGAAUCCGGUCAGACUCCGGUCAGGGUCCGGUCAGACUCCGGUCAGGGUCCGGUCAGAAUCCGGUCAGACUCCGGUCAGGGUCCGGUCAGAAUCCGGUCAGGCUCCGGUCAGAAUCCGGUCAGACUCCGGUCAGGCUCCGGUCAGACUCCGGUCAGGGUCCGGUCAGAAUCCGGUCAGACUCCGGUCAGGGUCCGGUCAGACUCCGGUCAGACUCCGGUCAGAAUCCGGUCAGGCUCCGGUCAGAAUCCGGUCAGGGUCCGGUCAGGGUCCGGUCAGACUCCGGUCAGAAUCCGGUCAGGCUCCGGUCAGACUCCGGUCAGAAUCCGGUCAGGCUCAGGUCAGAAUCCGGUCAGAAUCUGGUCAGAAUCUGGUCAGAAUCCGGUCAGGCUCCGGUCAGAAUCCGGUCAGGCUCCGGUCAGACUCCGGUCAGAAUCCGGUCAGGCUCCGGUCAGAAUCCGGUCAGAAUCCGGUCAGAAUCUGGUCAGAAUCCGGUCAGAAUCCGGUCAGGCUCCGGUCAGGCUCCGGUCAGACUCCGGUCAGAAUCCGGUCAGGCUCCGGUCAGAAUCCGGUCAGAAUCCGGUCAGAAUCCGGUAAGGCUCCGGUCAGAAUCCGGUCAGAAUCCGGUCAGAAUCUGGUCAGAAUCCGGUCAGAAUCCGGUCAGAAUCCGGUCAGACUCCGGUCAGGGUCCGGUCAGACUCCGGUCAGACUCCGGUCAGACUCCGGUCAGAAUCCGGUCAGGCUCCGGUCAGGCUCCGGUCAGAAUCCGGUCAGGCUCCGGUCAGAAUCCGGUCAGGCUCCGGUCAGAAUCCGGUCAGAAUCUGGUCAGAAUCCGGUCAGGCUCCGGUCAGAAUCCGGUCAGAAUCCGGUCAGAAUCCGGUCAGAAUCUGGUCAGAAUCCGGUCAGGCUCCGGUCAGAAUCCGGUCAGAAUCCGGUCAGAAUCUGGUCAGAAUCCGGUCAGGCUCCGGUCAGAAUCCGGUCAGGCUCCGGUCAGAAUCCGGAGGAAUAA